CAGACACCUAACACUUCCUAGCUGUGUAACCCUGGGCAAGUCACUUAACCCCAACUGCCUUAGCAAAAAAAAAAAAAAAAAAAAAAAAGGAAAAAAAAAGUUCACAGACCCUAGGUUAAGAGUCACUAAAAAAUUGGUAGUCACCAAGUUCUGUAUCUUGAUCUUAUGUCGUCUAAGGUGAUCUAAUGAAAAUAGGGUUGUGGUUGAAAGAUGUGUGGUCCUGCAGAACUAGCUUCAAGUUUUUCCUGGGCGAUAUCUUAAGAGUUAAAUGGGUCAAAUCACUGUCUCGCUGAUUCGGUUUUUCCUCUCCGCGGAAGAAAAGACAAAUCCUUGCACUACCCCCUUAUCCUGGCUCUGAUGUGGAAAACCCUUUGUAAAUGUUAUAGUACUACAGAAAUGUAAAUUGUUGCUAUUGUUUAGGGUUUCCUUCCAGCUCCCGUGUUCUUUGUUCCAAGUUUCAAUUACUCUGAACUUGAAUUUGAUUCUGAAGGCCUAGCUUUCCUGCUACUGUGAGAAGCCAGAGAUAUUGUUGGGGAAGGGGAUGGCUGAGGUUUAAACCGAAAAACCUGGAUUUGCCGGGAGGCAAAUUCAAAUCCUUGAAUUACUCCUUGGGAGUAAGACCCGGAGUGGGCUUGCGUUUGGAUGGCAGUCUUCUUUUGGAACUGGGUUUGUUUGGGACUCCCAGCUCUGCCCCGCCCCCGUGCGCGCUCUCGCCGCUGAGGAAGCCGGCCCGGCCUCUGGGGCAGCCCGUGUGGAGCGCGCACAGCCCAGGUAGGGCCUGAGCCCCGGCAGCUGGCCGGACUCUGGAGCUGCCCGGCUGCGGAGAGCGGAGCGCGUGGCGGGGGCCCGGGCCGGUCUCGGCAUGGACAUGUCGCUAGAUGGUCUGGCCCUUUCUCCGAGGCCUGGAUCUGGGAGCCGGAUCCCAUCUGAUGCCGAGGCUGAAGGAAUCGAGGUCCCACGAGUCCUUGCUCAGUCCAAGUAGCGCAGUGGAGGCGCUGGAUCUCAGCAUGGAGGAGGAGGUUGUGAUCAAGCCUGUUCACAGCAGCAUCCUGGGCCAGGACUACUGCUUUGAGGUAACAACUUCCUCAGGAAGCAAGUGCUUUUCCUGCCGAUCUGCAGCCGAGCGGGAUAAAUGGAUGGAGAAUCUUCGGCGAGCUGUGCAUCCAAACAAGGACAACAGUCGGAGGGUGGAGCACAUGUUGAAGCUCUGGGUCAUUGAAGCAAAGGACCUCCCGGCCAAGAAGAAGUAUUUAUGUGAACUGUGCCUGGAUGAUGUCCUUUAUGCACGGACUACAUGUAAGCUCAAGACGGACAAUGUCUUCUGGGGGGAGCACUUUGAGUUCAACAACCUGCCACCGCUCAGGAAUAUCACGGUGCACUUGUACAAAGAGACUGACAAGAAGAAGAAAAAGGACAAGAACAACUACCUGGGACUUGUGAACCUGGCUGUGGCCUCGGUGUCGGGGCGGCAGUUUGUGGAGAAGUGGUAUCCUGUGGUGACUCCCAACCCCAAGGGCAAGAGUCCUGGCCCCAUGAUCCGCAUCAAGUCCCGAUACCAGACUGUCAGCAUCCUCCCUAUGGAGAUGUAUAAGGAAUUUGCUGAGUACAUCACCAACAACUACAUGGCUCUUUGCUCUGCGCUGGAACCUGUGUUGAGCGUCAAGAACAAGGAGGAGAUGGCAUCAGCCCUGGUUCAUAUUCUGCAAAGCACUGGGAAGGCAAAGGACUUCCUCACAGACCUGAUGAUGUCCGAGGUGGACCGCUGUGGGGAGAACGAGCACCUCAUCUUCCGAGAGAACACUUUAGCCACCAAGGCCAUUGAGGAAUACCUUAAGCUGGUGGGCCAGAAGUACCUGCAGGACGCCUUAGGUGAGUUUAUCAAAGCUCUGUAUGAGUCGGAUGAGAACUGUGAGGUGGACCCCAGCAAGUGCUCAUCCUCAGACCUUCCCGAGCACCAGAGUAACCUGAAGAUGUGCUGCGAGCUGGCUUUCUGCAAGAUCAUCAACUCCUACUGCGUUUUCCCGCGGGAGCUGAAGGAGGUCUUUGCCUCUUGGAGGCAGGAAUGUAGUAACCGGGGCCGGCCAGACAUCAGCGAGCGCCUCAUCAGCGCCUCCCUCUUCCUGCGCUUCCUCUGCCCCGCCAUCAUGUCCCCUUCCCUCUUCAGCCUCCUCCAGGAGUACCCGGAUGACCGCACAGCCCGGACGCUGACCCUCAUUGCCAAGGUCACCCAGAAUCUGGCCAACUUUGCCAAGUUUGGCAGCAAGGAGGAGUACAUGUCCUUCAUGAAUCAGUUUCUGGAACACGAGUGGACAAACAUGCAGCGGUUCCUGCUGGAGAUCUCUAACCCAGAGACCAUCUCAAACACAGCCGGCUUCGAGGGCUACAUCGACUUGGGGCGGGAGCUCUCCACUUUGCAUUCCCUGCUCUGGGAGGUCAUUUCUCAGUUCGAGCAGAGCACGGUCACCAAGCUCGGGCCUCUGCCUCGCAUCCUGAGGGACGUCAACACAGCCCUGAACAAUCCAGCCAGCGUGCAGUUGUCAGUGACAGCUGAGCAUGCAGCCUCUACCCCGAGCACCGGGGGCAGCAUCUCUGCGGGGCUGCAGAAGAUGGUCAUUGAGAACGACCUGUCUGGUCUGAUAGAUUUCACACGGUUACCAUCUCCAACCCCUGAAAACAAGGACUUGUUUUUUGUCACAAGGUCCUCUGGGGUCCAACCCUCCCCUGCCCGGAGCUCGAGCUACUCGGAGGCCAAUGAGCCCGACGUGCAGAUGUCCAACGGCAGCAAGAGCCUCUCCAUGGUGGACCUGCAGGACAGCCGGAUGUUGGAUGGGGGCACGAGCACCCCCGGGGCCUCGGACCCUCUCAGUGACAGCCAGGGGUCCGCGGGGCAGCUACCGGGAGUGUGGACGGCCCGGACCCCCCAGAACAGCCUGGCGGGCAUGGCCACGGUGCGGCGGGCGGGGCAGACGCCCACCACGCCCGGCACCGAGGGGGCGCCGGGCCGGCCCCAGCUGCUAGCGCCGCUGUCCUUCCAGAACCCUGUGUACCAGAUGGCCGCCGGCCUGCCGCUCUCGCCCCGGGGCUUGGGGGACUCGGGCUCGGAGUGCCACAGCUCGCUGAGCUCUCACAGCAACAGUGAGGAGCUGGCGGCCAGCAAACACAGCGGGGGCGGCUUUGGGGGUGCAGCCGCCGAGGACUUGGCCCGGCGCCCCGGGGAGCUGGCGAGGCGGCAGAUGUCGCUGACAGAAAAGGGUGGACAGUCCGCCGUGCCGCGGCAGAACAGCGCCGGACCCCAGCGGCGGAUAGACCAGCCGCCGCCGCCACCUCCCCCCCCGGUCACCCGGGGCCGGACGCCCCCCUCCCUCCUGAACACCAUGCAGUACCCCCGGCCAUCGAGCGGGAGCAUGCUGUCCUCCUCCCCCGACUGGCCGGGCAGCGGGGCGCGGCUCAGGCAGCAGUCGUCCUCCUCCAAGGGGGACAGCCCUGAGAUGAAGCAGCGUACCAUGCACAAACAGGCCCCUUCACCUGUGAACCCCAAUGCACUGGACCGCACAGCCGCUUGGCUAUUGAAUAUGAACAUGCAGUUUUUAGAAGAUGAGAGCUUUGACCCAGAUCCCAAACACAGGGAUAAGCUAAGGAGUAAGGAGGAACUCAGCCAAGCUGAAAAGGACAUUGUAGUGCUGCAGGACAAGCUGCGCAUCUCGGCCAAGAAGCUGGAAGAGUAUGAGAGCCGGUUCAAGUGCCAGGAGGAGACGACCCAGAAGCUGAUGCUGGAAUAUCAGGCUCGGCUGGAGGAGGGGGAGGAGAGGUUACGGAGGCAGCAGGAGGACAAGGAGAUCCAGAUGAAGGGGAUCAUCAGCAGGUUGAUGUCGGUGGAGGAAGAAUUAAAGAAGGACCACGCAGAGAUGCAGGCGGCAGUGGAUUCCAAGCAGAAAAUUAUCGAUGCCCAGGAAAAACGCAUUGCCUCGCUGGAUGCAGCCAACGCACGCCUCAUGAGCGCCCUGACCCAGCUGAAAGAGAGGUACAGCAUGCAGACCCGUAACGGCAUCUCCCCCACAAACCCAACCAAAUUGCAGAUUACAGAGAAUGGCGAAUUCAGAAACAGCAGCAAUUGUUAACUCACCUGGAGGGAGGAGGAGCGCUGCCACUGCCGCCGGGCACGGGGGGAGGAGGAGACAGAAGUAAAAUAUAGAAAUAAAAACCCCAGGAUCUCCAGCCCAUUGCACCGGGGGCAGCCGGAGCGACAGCCACUUCCAAGAAUGGUUCAUCUCUCCCCUCCCUCCCCCCAAGACACCAGGCCGGCCGGGAUAGGAGCCAGCAUGUGUGACUGAUGCACUGUGGGGCAGAAGGCACUGCCUCCUCCCUCUCCUCUCCCCUCCCCAAGAAGCUAAAGCCCAUGUAUUUGGGGGAAGGUGGAAAAAAAAAGACUUAUCUGUGGGAGUUGUAUGGCCUAAGGGGAAAAAAUGUUAUAUUUGGAAAAAAAAAUACCAGAAAACCAAACUGCAAAGUGUCACUGUUGGUGAAUUUCUUUUGAUGUAUAAAUGUUUUAACCAAUUACCUUUUUCUUUUUGAGUUGGACAAAUCUCCAAAUUCUCACAGGGACUGAUAACCUUUGAGUUAAUUUCUGUAAGAGAGAGGUGGGGCAAAGAAAUCAAGACUCACUCCAUCCCCAAUCCCCAGGACUGGCCUGGAAUUCUAGGCCACCCCCACCCUUAUUCAGAUCAGCAUUGCUCUGUCACUGUCCAGGGAAGAGUGUUUUGAUUUUAGCAAGUGGGUCCUAAGAAUUUUAGUCAGAAAUGGCCCUAAAAUAGAAGACAAUUCACAAAAGAUAAGUCCGUAGGAUUGCAGAGUUGGAAGGGACCCCAGAGCCUACCUAGUCCAACCCAUCCCUGAACAGGAAUACCGUUUACAACAUCCUUGAGAAGUAAGCAUAUAGCCUCUAUUUGUACGCCUCUGGUGAUGAGGAAAUUACUUUCUAAUAGGCAACCCGUUCAUUGCUGAAGAGUUCCCAUUGAUAGAAAGUUCUGAUGAGCCUAAAUUUGCCUUUCUGCAGCUUUUCCCUUAGGAUUCCUAGUUCUUCUCUCUGGUGCCAGGCCAAACAAGGCUCAUCCCUCUAACACAUGCUAGGUCUUCAGAUUGUUGGACACAACCAUUAUGCUUUCCUACCCCUAUCCAGCUACUCCCAAGGUCUGUUUUCCAGGGUGAAGAACUCUUAAGCCUCUCCCCUCUGCUUUUAAAACAGGGAUCCUCAAACUAUGGUCGCGGGACAGAUGCAGCAGCUGAGGAUGUUUAUCCCCUCACCCAGGACUAUGAAGUUUCUUUAUUUAAAGGCCCACAAAACAAAGUUUUUGUUUUUACUAUAGUCCAGCCCUCCAACAGUCCGAGGGACAGUGAACUGGCCCCCUAUUUAAAAAGUUUGAGGACCCUGUUUUAAAAGCUUGUGGGACAGCUUGCUCCUUUCCUCUGUAGAGGAAUUGGUGCUUUUAUAUAGGAGGAGAAUGCUCAAGAAGAGUUGCCCACUCGAUGGAACAUCUUCCUCUGAUAGUCCCACUGAAAAGGAAGCAACAAAUUGAACUCUUCAUUUCUAAAACCAUUCCUUAUAUCUCCAUCCUGUUUAUUUCCCCUCUCCUCAAGUUGGUCUCCAAGUAGAUCUCACACAAGGACAUUUAAUGAUUUGAGUUUGCUCUGAGAACUACAAGCACAAAUCCACUCUCACCUUUCUGUCAAUGCAUGUAAAAGUGUCUUAAGAUCCCUUCUGGGUACCCUUUGGUCCAAAACUUGAUGUUCCUUGGCCAUCCCAUAAAGAGUUUAGAGAAGGGUCAUAAAAUGUUAAAAUUGGAAGAGAUUUUGUCAUCUUGUCUAACCUCUAAAUCUCUCUUCACUAUCUUAAGUCAUCAUCUGGUCUCUGCCUGAAGAGUUUUAUUGAUAAGGAGCUCUUGAAAUGCCCCAUCCUCCUCUGGAGUUUUUCUUUGAUUUGAAGUUGCCAUAGUAUCUAUCAUAAUGUGAUGUGGGAGGGAGGAGGGAUGGGGAAGGCCCAGCCAAAGACUAUUACACUUUGUCCUUACCUCUGUAACAACUGGAUUUUUGUUUCCUUUUUUUGUUGUUUUUAAUUGAACCAGGAGGCUAUGAUGAAGGUCAACCAUUGAGGAGAACUAUGGAAGAGAGCAUGUAAAGGAAGUGACUUGUCCCUUGUAAUGGGAAAGGGAAAAGGCUCCCAUACCGCUUCUGAGUCUCCCUAACCCAAGUUCCAACAGACUCCACACCCCAUCCAGUGUUGUAGGCUUCCAUGAUUACUUAUUAACCUUCCUUUUAGUCAACCUGUGAAAUCGCUGGGGAGCCUCGCCUUCAAUGAAGGCCUCUCAGACCAAGGCCAAUUUAACUGAACUAUAGUAAACUGGGGUGGAAAGUUGGCUUAGACACAUGGCAUAGGGAACAAAGAAAGAUUUAUUUCAUCUACUAUCCUGUUUUCCUCCUUUCUAUGCUGAUUUUUUCCCCUCAGACUGCUGGCUAAGUAGACUCUACACAAGAAAAUCUAACACUUUUAAAAAAUUUUGUUCCAUCUUGUAAAGAUUUGAAACCCACUAAGGAAAAACUGCUUCUUGGGAAACUGUAUAGUAGUGUAAGAAGUCUUAGGUUAAAAAUCUUUGCUCUCCUUGUUCUCUGUAACAUCACGCUAAUCUUCCUUUCUCAGGGCCUUUUUGUCACAUGGGUUGAACUAGGUCUCUGACACCCUUUCCCACUCUUAUUCCAGUAAUGAACCUUCCUGCAAUAGUGUUCUGGAGAGAAAUGGAAAGGAAGUAGAUGGAGUAGGAAAAAGAUUGCAGAAUCUGGAGUCAGAGCCACUAACUAUUUGUGCAAUCUUGAGCCAGGAACUUAAUGAAUGACACUAUCUCUUCUGCCAAAUGAGAAGGUGGAACUAAAUGACCUUGAAGGUCCCUUCCAGUUCUAUAUCUAUGAUUCUAUGAACUGAGUUGAAAUCCGAGCUCUUCCUACCUAGGUGACCCUGAGCAAGAACCAAUUUCUAUUCAGUUUUCUCAUCCAUAAAAUGAGGUGAAUCAGUUUGUCUUAAGAUUCCUUCUACCUGUUGAUCCUAUCUAAGAGGAAUAGCCCUUUACUCCAGUGUUUGGGCUGUCCUAUAAGGGAGCCCAAAAGUGGGUCUCCAAGCCCCAGCAAAAUAGGAUUUGUUUUAAUGUUCUGUGUGAAGUGCCAUAAUGGAUUUCCUGGAGAGAGUCCAAGUGAGUCCCAGAGAGUGUUUCUCUGCCAUUUAAGAGGUUCUUACAGGGAGUAUGUGAGCCAUGAGCUAACUGGAGAAGAGAAAUAAUUAAUGAUGUAAAUAAUAAUCAUAGUACCAGGGAGGCCCAGGAGAAGAUUGGUAAUUGUAAUUUUUUUUCCUUUCACAGUAUGCAUUAGAAACAAAAUCCGCUCGUUUUCUGGAAUACAGGCCCUUUAAAUUGAGCGCACGCACUACAUGGGAAUUAAGAGCCCUGAAGGAUGUUAAACAUGAUCACCCAACAGGAACAGCAGCAAGGAGCCGGCAGGCCCCCCCGUGCACACAGCCCGCUGGCCAGUCUGGACUGUGCUCUUUCUCCUGCUCCCCACCCCGUCCCGGACCUGGGGGACCCACACGUCUAGGGCCAGGGCUGGCUUUUCUCGUUUUUACUUUACUUGUGUGUUGUGGUUCAAAGUUAGGACCUUCUGGUGCUGUCCCCUUCCAUUCUGUGUCAGAGAAGGUCUAGUCAGGAAAGCUCUUUGGAGGCAGGAUUGGGAAAAGAUCUUUGGCCCAUGGUCUGGGCAGUCUCAUUUAAAGGGUCUAUCAGUGAGGGGGUGGGAUGGAACCAAGUUGCCAGUGCCAACUCAGUGCCAUCAUGAUCCAGACUACAGACCUCACCAUACCCCUACAGAAGAUGGUCCUAGAAACCAGUCAGAGAGAAGGUGAAAAACCUCAACUUCCUCUCUCCCCGCCCCCUUAAUUUUUUCUAGGACCUUAAUUAUUCCAGUUAGGACUGUCAUGCUGGAUGCCUGGAAAUCUCUGUUCUUUUUUCCUCCCGCAGCUGCACAUGCCUUUUGCUCAGUUGAUUUCCCUAUCCUGGCAUGGUCAGACUACCACUCCCCUUUCCUGAAUCAGAAUUCAGGAGGUGGAUGGGGAUCAGAGAGAGCAGGCUGUGAGUGUUCUCUCCACUGGCUGAAUCAGCUAGCUUUGGAGAAGGGCCUGGAACAAAGACAAAGCAUCCUUCAGAAAGGCCCCUGAAAAUCCAUGCAGCAGGAAAGUUAGGACUAACAGGGUACUUUUGACCAUUCAGGGCAGAAACUGCCAUUUCCAAACUCCUCCGAGACUCAAGUUCACCAAGAAAUUUCUGCUAAAUUUGGUGGCUUGGGGAAGGAACAGAGAUCCUGGCAGGGGGAUGUUUCCAUGAAAGUGAUUUAAUUCCAUUUCAUUUUUUGGUCAGAGCCAGAGACACUCACCUUGUGAUGGAUGAUAAUCUGGCUAGAAGAGGAGGGCAUUAGGGAUAGAAAUGUGCUUCCCCAUUCCCCACCUCCCAACUCCCCAAGAAAUUUGGGGUGGGGAAGAGGCUCUCCAACAUGAGAGUGAUCUUUAUGGGAGAGAUUCAGCCCUGUGUGGAGAGGGGUGCUGCUGAUUGAAUUGGAAGUUGAAUAGUAUCUUUCUCCCUCAUCCUUGCCCUUCACUGCCUCUUCCCCCUUCAUCCUACAGGGGGACCUCACUUCUGUCUAGGGGUCUCAGGCCACUAAAUUAGGCUCUAUCAAUAUAUCUGAGAGCCAUGCCAGAUGAGGAGAACUCAGACAUCUUUAGGCUAAGGUGUCUUUGUUUUUAAUUUUUUGCCCAUCGUAUUUACUUACCAAAUACAAACUGAUCUUCCAUACCCAUAUUUAAAAACUUUCCAUUUUCUUUUUUCGUUUUGUUUUCAAAAGAGAAAAGGUUUCUCUCUCUCCCUUCUCCCUUCUUCUCCCCCCCCCCCCCGAGUUUCUGUUUCUGAAAUGUGUGUCUCAUAGCAAUACUGGGGACUAAGUCCCCACAGCCAGGGAGAAAGUCAACAAGGGACCGAAGACCACUAUAUAUAACAUUUGUCACCUGCUCGCUCAUUCUCAUGCUCUCUUCGGCGAGAGCCUUAUCUGGUGCAAAAACUGUAAAGUGUACAGACUGUCCACCGAUUUUUAUCUUACUGCAAGUCUGACAACUUUUUUGUAAAUGUUCUCUCGGUGUUUGAUUGUAAUGUAAUUAUUUCACUAUCAGCUGUAUAUAGUGAUUCGCGCCUGGUGCUGCCUCACAGACGGGAUUGGGCAGCUGCUUGUAGAAUGACUUGGAGUUUUAUUUUUUGUUUUCCCUCAUUAAAAAAAAGGAAAAAAAAAAAAAACAGAGUUGAGGAGGAGUAGGAGGGUUGGGAUUUUUUAAAAAUUUGAGUUGAUUAGAGACAGCUGUGGUAUACUGGGAAUGCCAGAUUUAGAAUCAAGAAACUUGAGUUUGAACCCAACUCAGCCCCUUGACUACCUGUGUGACUUUGAGAAAGUCAGUUUUCUUCUCAAGGCCUCAGCUUCUUCAUCUGUAAAAUGAAGAGUUUGGAAGAGAUGACCUCUCAGGUCCCAGCACUAAAUUUCUAGGAUUGGUAAUUUGUGGGCUUGGUACAAAAAGAUUUUCCCAAGAUGAUCAGAACCUUGCUGAUAAUAUGAUCUAGCUGCCUUUUUUUUUUUUUUUUAAAUAAUUUGGUUCCAGGAGAGCUUAACUGGGGGAAUAGGCUCAAUCUGCUCUGUGAAGGGCCAUACUUUUGCCUUUUCAGGAUAAGGCCCCCGUCUGAGUGGCUGACAUAUAACAUCGACAAUCACAGCCACAAGCCCGUCCACACUUAGGAGGGUUUCCUAGGAGUUUUAGGAUUGCCAGGGCUGCCUGGCCUGGUCCAGGUGAGUCUUCAACCCAAAGAGCUCCUACUCAUUCUUCCUCCCCAGAGAUCCCGAGAGAACUGGGUUAUGCCAGUUUUGGGUGGGGCUGAAGGAAGCCAAGUGGAACUGAACCUCACCAGGGAAAUCAUCCUCUUCUUCCAGACCUGUUGGAUGCUGCUCUUCCCCCAUGAAUCAUCAGUGUCCUUCAUGAACAGUCCUAGGGCCAUGACAGAGGCUAGCAACACACCUGACCAAAAAAUAUCUCCAAGGAACCAAAUAAAUACCUCCAGGAUGAGAGGGCAGGAGAGCCGAAAAUGAUCUCUCCCACCCACUAUGGGAGAGCUGAAGAAAUGGUCCCUGCCUGGGGGAGCUAUUGGGCCCAACAGCUGCAAACAUCUCCCCACCCCCUACCAGUGGUUUUUCCAGAGCUCAGAAGAACAGACUCCCUGGAGACCCUACUGUUGAUAAGCCAAAAAUAAAUGAGAAAUAGUUGAAUUUCCCAAGGUCAUUUGAAGGGGAGAUGGGCUUAAUUUUUCUGCUCAGUUAACUGCCUAAUUUCUUGUAAAUGACCAACCUUUCUCCAACUUCUCAGAAGAUAGGUGAAGGUGUCACCCUACACAACCUCGAAUUCCCACAGAGCAUCUCACCGACUCCUAAGAUAUACCUCUUUCCCUCCCUCUGUCUAUUUGCUGAAGCCCAGCCUCACUCUGUUUUCUAGAGACUCUUAUAAAGAAAAAUGAAAACAGGCUCACCUCCAUUUUGUAAGUAUGUGAAAAGGGAAAAAAGUUUAAAAAAGCAAAAAGUUGAACUGUUGCCUGGAGUUUCUCCAGGCUCGACUUUUAAACUAUGUAAUAAUGUACAGAGAAAGGUGUUGGUGUUCCAAAAUUCCAUGUGGCUGUGCAAUUUAUGUACAUUUACAAUUAGAAAUAUUAAAGAUUUAUUUAGCUAUUUUAA